AAAAAACUGGACAAAAACACAAAAUAAUUAGUACAAAAUCUGCUAGUGAUGCUGUGAAGCAAUUUGUACAGUUUAUUGAAUCUAAAGAUAGAUCGGCAUCAUCAAUCAUUAUUGAUUUUAGUAUUUAUGCAUGCGAUAAAGAAUUAAUUUUUAGAGAUAGCUAUAGACAUUUGGUGGCAGUUCAACUAUUAUUAAAACGAGAGCAUAUUAUAGCAGCAUAUUAUAAAGAAAUUAAUAAAAUUAUGGAAAAAAAUAUUCUAAUUAAAAGUUUUGAUAGUAAUCUUACAGUUGAACUUCCACCAAUUUGUCCUACUGCAGAAGAAAAUAAUGAGAUAUUUAUUAAUAAGGAACAAAUAGGAAUUAGUACAAUAAAAUCUUUAACUAAAUUAUUAAUUACACUAAUUCCAGAUUUAACAACAGGUGAUAAUCCAGUUUUAUAUCAAAAUGAUAUUAUUAAAAUUAAGUUGAGUGGAGAUGGAUAA